CUCAGCCCGGGCUUGUGAAUGGCUUCAUUGAAGAGAAAUGGGCUGGCUUAGGUGCACAAAAGUCCUACUCCCUCUUUGCUUGGCGGUGGCAGCAACGGCCGCCGGGAGAAAACCAGCACAGCAAAAGGGCUAGGGGAGAGCUUCCAGCCCCCACCCUCUAAGACCCAGCCACCAGCAUCCCACCAUGUCUGUGAUGGUCAACAAUGCCCACCAAGGGGGGAAAGCCUUCCGUUUGCUGAAAGCUGAACAAGAAGGGAGGUUAGAAGAAAUCAACAAAGAGUUUCUCUGUGACCCAAAGUUUAGCGAUGAAGAAGACCUGGAAGAAAAGCUUGCAGUUUUUAAAGAAAAAUACAUGGAGUUCGACUUGAAUAAUCAUGGCGAGAUCGAUCUCAUGUCCGUGAAAAGGAUGAUGGAGAAGCUGGGGACUCCCAAGACCCACCUGGAGCUGAAGAAAAUGAUCUCCGAAGUCACCAGGGGCAUCAGCGAAACCAUCUCGUACCAGGAUUUUGUGACCCUGAUGCUGGGCAAGCGGUCAGCCGUCCUCAAGCUGGUCAUGAUGUUUGAAGGCAAGAGUCAAGAAAGCACCCCCAAACUUUCAGGCCCUCCUCCGGAGAGAGAACUCUCGAGUCUUCCUUAAAGGGAGAGGAGAAUACGGAACAUUUUCCACCUCUGACCAUCACAAGAUCUCUGCCCCGUUGCUUUUAAACCAGCCCGUUUUAAAGACGACGUCUGAAGGAAUGGCGAAGAAAAGUCCACCAGACAUCAUCCAGAAGACCAUCUAAAUCACCCCUCAUUUUUAGUCUCAACCGUAACCCGAAUAGCAAGCCCCAUUGUUCUCAAGAACAGCAGAAAACUCUAAAUGCAAAAUCCAGAUUUCAUGGAGCGUUUUUCAAACAGACAAAACGCUCUCCUUUUUUCUCCCAAAUCUGAAACGAUUCAGAUUUUCUUUACGACCACUUCUGUUCCAAACAGAAACUACUUUUUUCUGAAAAUGGCUUUGCGUACAGGCCGAAGAAGAGCUGACCGCUCUGAUCCAAGGGAGAAAAGAAAUUCAGAUGGUUUAGUCGAGUCAUAUCUUUUAAGGAGCAUAACAGCCAGAAUUUCGCAUCAGGCAGCGUGUUAUUUUUUUUUUACCAAACGUGAUGAAGCAAAGCAAAAAGGGAAAACCAGAGACGUUUCAUCCUGAAUUCAGAACCCGUCCUAAGCCAGAUGGAGCAGGCUUGAGUGACAUCAUGGUUAGUUCUAGAGUUGGAGAUCUACACAUGAAAAAAAUCCCAUUUUUGCUACAACCACCACAAAAGUGUCUUCUCAGAGCUGCUUUUCUGAUUUCUGAGGGAUUAUUUUUUUUCUUUCUUCUGUCGUCCUGUAAAAUGCAAACGUUUUCGUGAUGCUUG